AUGAAGCCCCACAGUCUUCUAACCCCCCUCCUCCCCCUCCUAGCCAUAACACCCCCAACCCUCGCCGCCACCCCCCUCGACGCAAGCCGCUACCUGUGGUACACCACCCCCGCGCCCCCAACAGACUGGGAAAACGGCGCCCUCCCAAUCGGCAACGGUCGUCUAGCAGGUACAAUAUACGGCGGAAUCGACCAUGAAGUCCUCACAAUAAACGAGAACACGAUCUGGUCCGGCCCGCUGCAGGAGCGCACGCCCGAGAAUGCACUCGCCGCGCUGCCGGUGGCGCGCGAGAUGCUGGUGAGUGGGAAUAUCAGUGCCGCUGGGGACUUUAUCCUGCGAGAGAUGAUGCAUCCGGUCGAUAGUAUGCGUGCGUAUAGCUAUUUUGGGAAUUUGGAGGUUGCGGUUGGGCAUGCUGGGCAUACCGGCCAGGGGGAUGUAAGUGGGUAUAGGAGGUGGUUGGAUACAAAGAGGGGGGACGGUGGGGUUGAGUAUGUGGUUGAUGGGGUGAGGUAUACGCGGGAGUAUAUAGCGAGUUAUCCGGCUGGGGUUCUUGCUGCGCGGUUCACAGCGAGUGAAAAAGGUGCUCUGAGUCUCAAUGCUACCUUUUCUCGCGCGGAAUCUGUCACGUCUCUGCAGGCUUCUGCGUCGGAUACUGCUCCGUGGAUUAAAUUGGAUGGCACGAGUGGACAGCCAGCCGAUGAAGAUCCGAUUGUGUUUAGUGGGCAGGCAAGCUUCGUGGCCGACGGGGCUCGCUUUUCUGCCAGUAAUGGCACUCUGUCUAUCACUGGAGCCACGACCAUUGACCUCUUCUUCGACGCCGAAACCAACUACCGCUAUCCCAGUCAGGAUGGAAUCGACGCGGAGAUCAGACGCAAGCUCGACAACGCACUCACAAAGGGCUUCGAUAAGGUCAAAGACGAGGCGCUGAAAGACUCAUCUACUCUCCUUGAACGCGCCUCAAUCAACCUCGGGAACUCGUCGAGCGAGAUCCGAGCCCUACCCACCGACGAGCGCAUCGCUCGUGCCCGCUCAGGGUUCGAUGACCCCGAACUCGCAACCCUAACAUGGAGCUACGGUCGACACAUGCUCGUCGCCUCGUCCAGAAACACUGGCGAAGAUAUCGAUCUCCCCGCAAACCUGCAGGGGAUAUGGAACAACGAAACCACCGCAGCAUGGGGCGGGAAGUAUACCAUCAACAUCAACACGGAGAUGAACUACUGGCCCGCAGGUCAAACAAACCUCAUCGAGACGCAAAAGCCGCUCUUUGACUUGUUCAAGGUCGCGCAGCCGCGAGGCCAGGCACUCGCCGAGGACAUGUAUAACUGCAGCGGCAUGGUGAUCCACCAUAACCUCGAUAUAUGGGGUGAUCCAGCCCCCGUCGAUAACUAUACUUCGGCUAGCAUGUGGCCGAUGGGCGCGGCGUGGCUGGUGACGCAUCUUAUUGACCAUUACCGGUUUACCGGCGAUAAGGAGCUGCUCGAGGAGACCGUAUACCCGUAUCUUGUCGACGUGGCCAAAUUCUACCAAUGCUAUACCUUCGAGCACGAGGGGUAUAAAGUCACCGGUCCCUCGCUCUCACCGGAGAACACCUUCGCCAUUCCAGACGACUGGAGCAUCGCCGGCUCCUCGGGAGCAAUGGACAUUGCUAUCCCCAUGGACGAUCAAAUCCUUUGGGAAGUCUUCAACAACCUCCUCGAGGCCGCCUCAGCACUCGGUAUAAAGGACGACAACGACGAAGCCGUCUCGGCAGCAAAGUCCUUCAUCGCCCAGAUCCACCCACCCCGGAUCGGCUCCAAAGGCCAGAUCCAAGAAUGGCGUCUGGACUACGAGUCCGAGGCCCUGGGGCACCGCCACCUCUCUCCGCUCUUCGGUCUACACCCAGGCCGCCAGUUCUCGCCGCUAGUUAAUGAGACACUAGGUGCAGCCGCGGGAGUCCUUUUGGACGACCGUCUCGAGCACGGCUCCGGGAGCACGGGGUGGAGUAAUGCGUGGUUCAUCAACCAGUAUGCGCGGCUGUACCGGGGCGAGGACGCCUGGGCGCAGGUUGAGAAGUGGUUUAGCCUGUACCCGACGAAGAACCUGUGGAAUACGGAUAAUGGGGCCACUUUCCAGAUUGAUGGGAACUUUGGCGUUACGAGUGGCAUUACCGAGAUGUUUCUACAGAGUCAUGCUGGGGUUGUGCAUCUUUUGCCGGCGCUUUCUGGGGAGAGUGUUCCGAGGGGCAGUGUAAAGGGGUUGAAGGCGAGAGGGAACUUUGAGGUUGAUAUUGAGUGGGUGGAUGGAAAGUUGGAGAGCGCGGUUGUGAAGUCGGUUGGUGGCGGGGUGUUGAAGGUGAGAGUGCAGGAUGAGGAGCAGUUCUAUGUCAACGGGGACUUGUAUGAGGAGGCGUUGGAGACGACAGGUGGGGAGGAGUAUGUCAUCACAUUGACGAAGUAG